AUCCAAGCCCUUGUUGCAGUAGCCAUUUUGGCUCAAGUUGUCGACUCCGACACAUCGGAACACAUCUCGUCUGCAUGCGAGUGCUUGACACAUGGCUUGCUUGCAGUCAGACCAGGAUACCCGGCUUGCUCCGCUUCUUCCCCGCUCGAAGUCGUGGGUGUCUGUUCCGCGCCCCUUGCGACUAAGGUCUUUUUUCUCUUUAUCGAGUUCUCCGCAGGCGUCCAAUUCCGAGGAUGCAGAUUUCUCCAACACCGUAGAGACUCCUGCGGUACGGGCUCAAUGGUGGAAAGUAGUCCCGAUUGAUGUGCUGAAGAUCGGAGGGCUCAUGCUAGUCCUCCCGACGCUGACGAACGUCAAGACGCGUUUCUUCAACGGUAACACCGCAAAAGCGGCUCGCGUGCAGAGCGUCAUGGACUCAUCGCGCGCGGUGUUCACUAUUCUGGUGACGGUGCAACUUGGCCAGCUCUCGGAUGCCAUUGGCAGGCGGCCAUUGGUUGUCCUUAGCGUCCUCUGCACAGCAGUGCCCUUGAUGUGCCUGUCAUUUUCAGACAACCUGUGGUACUAUUUCGUCGCGUUCGCAGCUGCUGGCGCCCUUGGUGGCCAGUCCUCGCCAGCCUCUCAGGCAUACGUGGCGGACUGCUGCCCACAGAAACAGCGAGCCCGGAUCUUUGGCAUGCAAGGCGCUCUUACGACCAUUUCGUUUAUCUUUUUGCCAAUUUUGGGGUCGUCGUUGGAGUAUCUCAGCGGGCAAGGUGCACUGUACAUCACCGCCGUCGGCAUCGAGAUUCUUGCCAUUAGCUUCGCAUGCUUUCUUCCCGAGUCGCUUCCCCAGGAGAAGCGCCGGCCUUACAGUGCAAACGGAGGACUUCGUGUUGCAAUUGUGCAGCCACUGAGGAAGCUGUUUUCCCGUCGUGGCAGUGUAUUGUGGGAUCUCGCUGUGAUCAAGUGCCUAAAGGGUAUGACGAUUGGCGCCCCGAUAUCUUUUGCAAUGGCGAGCCUUCUAGACUUUGCCGAUGCGGACUUCGCAGUCUUGCUCACAAUCAGUGGCAUCGGGCAGAUGCUUGUGCAAACGGUUUUCUUGAAGUUCAUACUUGCAAAGGGCUGCUCAGAGAUUACAUUAGUUCUCUUCAGUUUUGGAGUGGGCGUUUGCUUCUACUCGGGGAUGUGUUUCUUAAGCGUGUGGCCCUGGAAGAUGUCGGCAUUCCUAUUGACUGCGUUCGACUCCUUCACUUCAGUCUAUUAUCCUGCUCUCGUGUCCUUGAUAACGACAGGGCAGGAAGAUUUAGGAUUUGUGCUUGCAGCCUUCAUGGUAGUCGACGAAAUCACGGCAGUAAUGUCACCCUUGGUGAUGGGAGGUGCGUACCAAAUCUCCUUUAUUGCACCUUUCAUUGUGUGUGUCGCUCUGAACGCCAUUUGUCUUAUACUAUCCGCACGCUUGCGGGCCCGCGUGAUGACAAGGGAAGGCGUUGCAUUGGCACCAGGAGAGAUUGACAAUUUUGCGGAGGAUGCCAGUUAGAAACACAUUAACA